AUGAGCAAUAAAGCACCUGUGUCCGUACUGACAGAUGGGGAUAAGUCGAUGCGAGAGGCAAUCAGAAGAGUAUUUCCAGAUGCAAGACAUCGAUUAUGUAAUUGGCAUCUUGGGAAAAAUGCUGUUUCAAAUGUUCACAUAAGUGGCUUUGCACAUGCUUUCAAGCAGUGCAUGGACAUGGAAACGGAUGAGACAAAGUUUGAGCAUGGCUGGACGACAAUGGUCGAAGAAUUUGGACUUCAAACCAACAGUUGGGUGUUGGAGACAUAUGAGAAGCGUCAUAUGUGGGCUGAGGCAUAUAUGCGUGGACAUUUCUUUACUGGGAUGAAGAGCACUCAGCACUUGGAGUGUAUGAAUGCUUAUUUCAAUCCCUUCCUCCAACACAAAUUGAAGCUAUAUGAAUUUGUUAGGCACUAUGAUCGGGCUCUUGCAAGGAUAAGGUAUAACGAGGCUGGAGAUGAUGCUGAAACAAAUAACACUUUUCCGGUAUUGAUUACUCCAUUGCAAGAUAUAGAGAGACAUGGAGCUGAACUAUUCACCCGAAAUAUAUUUAGAAUGUUCCGUGAUGAAAUCUUAGAAGAGGGGAAGUUGAAUGUAAAGGACGUGUUCCCUUUGCCGGAUGGUCAGAAAUGCUACUAUAUUCAUAAGCACAAAGUGAAGGACAGAUCAUGGAUAGUAACACACAGUCCAAUGGAUGCUGCAAUGAGAUGUUCUUGCAUGAAGUUUGAGUCGUUGGGGCUACCUUGCUGCCACAUGAUAUGUGUUAUGAAAGCUGAAAAUUUAACGCAAAUUCCCCCAACUUGUGUGCUGCAUAGAUGGACAAGGGCUGCAAGCAAGGAUGGCCAGCAAUAG